AUGGAAUUAAAGAAAUUGGAAGAAAACAGCUCCAGUUCCGUAGCUGAAAUAUUCAAGGAACAAUUCAGCAGACGUGGCAUUCCAGAAAAAACAGAAACAGACAACGCUCCUCAGUUUACAAGCUAUGAAUUUCAUCACUUUCCGUUCGAUUGGGAAUUCACUCACCUAUCUUCCUUCUCACAUCACCAGACUCGACGGAAAGGGGGAGUCUGCUGUGAAAAUUGUUCAGUCUUUGUUCAAAAAUGCUCUCAAAGACAACAAAGACCAGUGAUAAGCCCUGUUGCGCACUCCGAUUGCGUUGCGUUGUGGUAG